AAUUGGCUAAGCUCGUUGUGCGAAUGUAAACGCUGACGUCUACGUUGACGCCGACGGCGAAGUCGCUGCCUGCUCGUCUCUGAGCGAGUUUGCCAAGCGAGCGUGGUCAGUUAAUUGGAGCCACUGAAAUGGCUUAGAACUCGUGCAGAGUCUGGCCGUGCGAAAUUUACAGGCGACGUCGACGUCAACGUCGACGGCUACGGCAUCGGCGGCAGCAAUGCAGGGCAAGCAGCACAAUUACAGCGAGAAGAAUUUGUAUAAAUACCAAAAGGUUCUUCGUAUUUCUUCAUUAGAGUUUCGGUUUUACUGUAGUGAACAACUCAAUUCAAGCAGUCAACAUGAAACAAAUCCUGAUUGCUUUUGCUGUGAUAUCAGCUGUGGCCGCUAGCAGUCUCACCUCGAUUAGCAACGAUUACUUGCCACCUGUGCAGGAGGCGGAGCCAGCCAUCUCUGUGCCUAGCAACGAGUAUCUAGCUCCAGUUGGCCAGAUUGACCAGGGUUCCCUUGCUGAUGAUGGAUACCGUUACAAGACCAACCGUCGUGUUGUUGUCCGUCGCAACCGUCGUGAUGUGAGCGAGCUCUCCAACGAAUACCUGCCCCCAGUUCAGGCAGUUAGCCAAGCUCCAGUCCAGUAUGCUCCCGCCCCGGUAUCCAAUGAGUACCUGCCACCUGUCCAGUCUGGACCAGCAUAUGAAGCUGCUCCCGCUCAUGAGCUGGCCGAUGAUGGUUACCGUUACAAGACCAACCGUCGUGUUGUCUACCGUCGUCGUCAUUAA